UAUAAUUUAUUAUCUGUGCCAUACAAAAUGGCGUACCCGGUUCCGCAAGCAAUGCGUUUGUUUUUUGUGGCGUAAAAUCGUUAUAACUAUCAUUGCAUUUUUAUUGUGAAAACUUUAAACUGUGAAAUAAGAUGUCACGCGACCACAGGUCAGGGUUUUAUAACAGAGACAGAGAGAGGGAUCUGGAUUGGAAUCGCGGUGACUACCGCGAUCGCCGGCCCGUAAGAAAACGCAGCAGAAGUCGCAGUACGAGUAACCUGGAUAAACGACGCAGCCGAACGCCCAGAAAGUCAGAUAAAGACAUCAUCGAUGAAAAUAUUUUGAGUGAAAUUUCCAAACUGCCAGAGCCUAGCGAGCUGUGGGAUAGUAAUCAAUUUCAAGACAGUAACUACUCGGCACCGCCGCCAUCAUUCCCCGCGGAGACUGUACAGCAACAUGGUCCGAGCACAGCAUAUGGCACGGGCUAUCAGUCGCAAUUCGCCGGCAUAUAUGAUGAAUUCAAUAACGUGCCACCAGCACCUGCACCGCCUGACAUGGCGAUCUGGAACCAGAUGUCCCUCCCUCCGCCGCCACAGGCGCCUCCCGCUCCUGUACUCAACAGUGAGGAUCAAAUUAAGAAAGAGGCCGCAAUAGAGUCGGAAAUGCGUCAGCAAAAGGCGGCUCUUUCGAAGCAGAGGGAAGACUACAUAAAGAAGGCAGGGAUACUUAAAAAGGAACUAGACACGCUGAAGGAUCAGCGCAACGAGCUUCGAGGCGACGCCAAACGGUCGCCGAGCCCCGACACCAAGAGGUUUUUGAAAGAGAACACCAAGCUGCAGUUGGAGAUCCAGAACAAACUGAAGACCAUCAACAAUGUGGUGGACAUGUUGAAUGGUAUAAUUGGUGAAGAAGUGCAGCUGGAGAUACCUGAUUUGGACGACUCAGGGGAACGCACCUCUAAGAGGAAGUCCAGGUCCCCAGCGGGUAACAAGUUCAACUACGUGUACUACGACCCGGAGAUGCACUGGUGCCGCGUGUGCAACGAGUUCCCGCCCACAGCCAAGGACUAUCUCAACCAUCUGCACUCGCCGGCGCAUCACAAAAAAUUUUCCAGGAUGGCUGCAGCCCACAUGGAGGCCCCGUGGCACAGCCUGAGCGGCAUGAAUGAAGGCUUCCCGAACUAUCCCUCGGCGCCUACCAAACGCACACCCAUUAGAGGGUUGCAAUUCUUCGUGCCUUCCACGGCGUGGUACUGCAAGCUGUGCGAUCAGUUCAUCGGCGAUCUGCACUGCGCCUCCGCACAUCUAAAGUCCAUAACGCAUUCAAAGAACUAUAACAAUUUCGUAGAUCAGAACCCGCACUGGGAGACAGACUGGAUGUCAGACAGACAGAAGGCAGUAGAGAAAGGCCGAGCCAGCAAAAAGAGUGAUCGUUCAGAAGAUAAGCAAGCAUACACCUCUCACACAAUUACCUUCCAUAAGGACGGGUUCCACACCAAGCACAAGGAGAGUCCCCCACACACGCCAGAGGACAAAAAGAAGAGGAAAGAAAAGAAACGAAAGAACAAGCGAAAGAGGAGUUCGAGUGACAGCUCCACCAGCUCCAGUAGCUCCGACAGUGAGCCCAAGAAGAAGAAGAAUAGAGGUAAAAAGAAGGAAAAAGACCACACGCCGGAUGACAAGUCGCUCAGCGAGUGGGUGUCGAACAUACAGAUGGACAGGCUAAACGACAACGACCGGAAACUCAUCGAUAGCCUUAAGAAUAGAAUAAAGAAAGACAAGGAAGACGAUAAGCGUCGGUCGCCGAGCCGCGGCAGUCGCGAGCGCGAGCUCUCCAUCGCAGAGCUGCAGCGGAGGUUGAGAGAAAGUGAGCGUCGUGACAUCCGUCCGCACGAGGAGAGGCGCCGUGACGAGCGACGGGACGACAGACGAGACGAGCGACGGGACGAGAGACGAGACGAACGCAGGGAGGAGCGGCGAGAGGAAAGAAGAGACGACAGAAGGGACGAGAGACCGCCACCGGGCGCCAAGAAACCGGAUAUUAAGAAGAUGCCGUUUAUUGGAAAAAUGCCAGUCUUUAAAAACUUAGCGAGACCUUCAAAGACUGACGAACAGAAAAAAGAAGAGCAGAAAAAGAAAGACGACCAAGAAAUAACUAAGAAAAGACGAGAAGAGAUGGACGCGGAGAUACAAAAGAAGGUGGCGGAGUUCAAGCAGAAGAUCGCGAAGGCGCAGCUGGAGCGGCAGCAGCAGUUGGAGCUGCAGGCGCUGGUGCUGCCCGCGCCGCCGUUCCUGCCGCCGCUGUCCGCGCCGCUGCCCGCCACGCUGGCGCCGCCGCUCACCACGCUGCCGCCCGCGCCCACGCUCCCAACGGCAGCGCCUCAACAACCACAACCGAACUUAUCAAAAGACUUCCAAGACGCGCUCGACAUUAUCUUCCCCACCGGAGAAGUGAAGAACCCAGAACUGCCCGGACAGGAAAUGUUCGCGAUGCCUCCUGGAUUCCCUCUCAUGCAGCCAUUCCCACCACUGGGACUGAUGCAGCCACAGAUGUUCGGAUUCGAUAUGAACGGGCAGUUGUUCCCCCCGAGGCCCCAGUUAUAUGACGCACAUGUUCCCCUAGUGUCGAGUCCCAAGCCCAGGCCACAGAAUAAGAAUAAUAAUAGGCAAAAACAAAAUGAAAUGAAGAAAAUACAGAAUCAAAACAAUCCGCAGCCAGGACCUGCUCCAAACGCGCCUAAGGAGAAUAUUAAGAACAAGGAAGAAUUGGAUGACUUGGCAAUGCUCGGUAUAGACGCUUCAGACGUCGGCGCCGGUAUUUAAGACAAACAACCUACUGACGUGAAGGACGCGUGCCACUCGUAAAUAUACACCAGAGUUCCCCACACUGGGUCAAAGUUUGGAUAUGAGAUAUUUUUUGCCAGGUUUGCUAUUCUGACACUUUACAAUUUAAUUUUAUCCAUUGUGUACAGGAUGCAUUUAUUUUUAAUAUAGUAACAGAGUGAGAUACAUUCCAUAUUUUCUGUCUCACUUUGUAUUGUAAUAAUUUUGCAGCAAAAAUGUAACCAUAAAAUUUUAUCAAGCUUCAGGAGCUUAGCCGGCAAACACACAGCUUCGAUUCUUUAAUAUUAAUUUAUCUUCGAUGGUGAUAAACAUCUUCAAUUUAAACCAUUGAUCAAAAUUCAUUAAAAAAAAAAUAAGCAAUUAAGGAAAGUUUUACUUUGGGCUUCCUUUUGUUUCAUAUUAUUUUGGCAGCCUUGAAAGUAAAGAAAUUGAAAUGGAAUAGCUAACAUAGCAGCUAUAGCUCAAUUCAAUUAAACUAAAGCCAUAGCCGUACAAUUUUAAAAUGUUAGACAACAAAAACAUCUAAGAAGUGUGUGGGGAAAAAUUGUGGUGAAUAUUAUCUUAGUCGCACGCCUAAUCACGUCGGUAGGUUUAUGGCGUUUAUUGUUUGUAGCCCUAGUGGCAGUUGGUGUAAGUGAUGUGUAAAACUAUAGUUAUUAAUGCGUACCAUACAGAGUCAAAUGCGGAUACGUUAGUGCGUGGUAACAAUAUUGAUGUGUAAGUUUAAUGUAGGAUGAAAUCCUAGCCUGACCAGGAAAUUAAAAAUCCCGGUUUGAGGGCGCCACUUGCUUUUUUCUUUAGUUAUUGCCAGUACACUAAAUUAGUUCGAUGUUUCACCACAACAUAGGACCUUGGCGCUUUUAUUAUCCUGGUAAGGCUACAAUAGAUUUAAUGAAGGAAGAGUGUAGCUUUCUAUUAAUGAAAUAUUUUUUACCUUGUUGUAUAAUUCUAGAAUUGACCUGUUACAAACUAGCAAACUUCAUAACAUUAGUGUAGAAAGCAGAUGAACGUGAUCACACGUCCGUCACGGGAGCUCGAGCGACAUCAGUCCAUUGCAAAUCAUAAUAAACUCAAUGAAUCUUCACACUGCCCGGAUACUGCACGAAUGCGUUCAAGGCAUAGUUGCAACUAGUACAAAUAGUGGCAUGAGUCGUGAACACAUUUGUUCAUGUGUCGAUGUCAAUAUUUCAUUCGAGGUUCGAGCUCGUUGUAUAUUUGCUUCUAUAUGCCAUAAAUUUUCGCCUAAUUUACAUACGCGUACAGACCCCACCACAGUUCAUCUGUACUUAUGACUUGUGCUGUUACUGUAGUCAUUUGAAUCAUUUGAGCGGCCUGAAGUUAGUUACGUUCUUCAGUUUUUACGUCAGCUGUCAACCACUAGACUGAAAUCAAUGGUAUCGCCGCCCGUGAUCGACUUCAGCUUGCUAUAAAAAUUAAUGAUAGCUAAAGUAGUAUACUACUUGUGCCUAUUUGUUUAUAAUAUGUACCCUCUUAUAUUUAACAUCAAUGUGACGUUUAAUUUUAAAAUAGGUUGUGUUACUGAUUUCUCGAAGUCAUUAGAGGAAGGUGGGUUAAAAUAGACAUUGUUUUUGUUUUAUUGUUUAAUAUUACCAUUUCAAAAGGUAAAAUCAGCCUUAGUAAUGAUUAUGGUUGUAAAAUGUAAUUUUUAUCGUAAAAUAUCUGCUCUUUAUUUAAUAACUUGUAUUUAUCCACCUUUUAAAUAAUUGUAUGUAGUGAUUGAUAUGUCUUAACAAAGACAUUAUUUAAAACAAGGUAUUACUCUUCAAGUACUUUUCCCUCUAAAUGUGGUGUAAAUUGUAUUAAAUAAAAAUGAAUGUAAUAUUUUUAAACCAAUUUCGAUCAUAACCUACGAUAUAACCUAUAAUGGCUAAGUAUGGAUACGAGGUAUAACUGUGUUGCCAAUUUUCAUGUUGCUGCUAGCUGUUAGGUAAUGUGGCGCUUUGUACAAAAUGUUUGCCAAAAAUAGUGUUAAUUCUCUGAUCUAGUAUAUCCGCUAGAAACCAUAGUUUUCUAUAUUUCAUUCUCAGGUUUAUUGAGUGAAAUAAGUACUUAUAAAUUGUGUAAAAAUCGGAAGAUAUUUUUUCCCAGUGUAGGAUAAGCUCGCCUAUUAAAUCGAGGAAAGGGAAUACCAAAAAUAUUGGUUUCCAGUUCACCCCUGCCUACCACUCUAAGGAGCAGGUUUGAUACAUUAUCAUGUUAUUAUCCCGAAUGGGACUGAUGUAAACUUGACUAUUUUAUGAAACAAUAAUAAAAACUUCUAAUUA